AUGCCUAAAACAGUUUUUUGGAUUGUUCGUCACGCGGAGCGCGAAGAUAAUAUAAAUUCAAAUUGGAGGCACAAUUCGACAUUAAAGAGCGAUAAUUCACCGUUAUCGAGACGUGGACAAGGACAAGCAAAUGAAAUAGGACGAAGAUUUGCGAAUGUUAAAUUGGACCAUGUGAUUGCUUCUCCUUUCGAUCGUUGUCUGGAAACAGCAACACGGAUUAUUGGUGAGAGAAAUAUUCCAUUAAAAGUUGAACCGGGUCUCGUCGAGGCAUUAUAUUUAUGUAACGAUCCUCCUGGAUACGAAUCGUUAGAAACAAUAUCGAAAAAAUAUCCAUUAGUCGAUAUUACCUAUAAGUCUGUGAUGCCUUGGAAACUUCCAUCUGAAGGAUAUGGUGACGAUGCUUGUACUAAACGAGUACGUGAAACGUUAAAUGGUUUAAUAGAAAAAUUUCCAGGAAGCAAUAUGUUAUUAGUUUCACAUGGAGCACCUAUUGGUGCAAUUCAUGAAAUAUUUUCUGGUAAAUGGAAAUAUGUUGGACAGGCGACUGUUUCAAAAUUUGUACAAACCAAAGAUGGAAAAUUUUUAAAAGAAUUAAGCAGCGAUGAUUCUCAUUUGAGUGAUAAAUCAAAUUUGCGUCCAUGGUGUGUUUCCUUUUGCAUUUAUUUUUCUAAUAUUUCGAUAAAUUUUCAUGCUCAACUUUAA